AAGAAAAUUAAAUCGAGUACGUAGUAGACUGAUAUAUAAAGCUCACAUAUAUAGUGCAAAGUGUAUAAGAAAGAUGGGAAGAUCAGCAGAAUUUGAUGAUAUGAGUGGGCUAAAAAAAGGUCCUUGGACUCCUGAAGAAGAUCAAAAGCUAGUUGAUUACAUACACAAAAAUGGCCAUGGAAAUUGGAGAGCUCUUCCUAAACUUGCUGGACUUAAUCGCUGUGGAAAAAGUUGCCGCCUUAGGUGGACUAAUUAUCUCAGGCCUGAUAUCAAGAGAGGCAAAUUCUCUGAAGAUGAAGAAAAACUUAUCGUCAAACUCCAUUCUCUCCUUGGUAACAAAUGGUCAGCAAUUGCAACACGUCUACCAGGACGAACUGAUAACGAGAUCAAGAAUUACUGGAAUACUCAUUUAAGAAAGAAACUUCUGCAAAUAGGAAUUGACCCUGUAACUCAUAGGCCAAGAACUGAUCAUAUCAACCUUUUUAAUGCCUUAAUUGGAAAUUUGCCUCCUCAACUUCUUGCUGCUAUUACUUCCAAUUAUAUCAAUAUUAAUAAUAUUGAUAUGAAUAUUCUCACCAACUUCUUGUUUUCAGAUACGGCUCAAUUGGUUCACCAAAUCCAAUUGUUAAACAACUCUAGCUUAUUAGUUAAUUCUCUAAUUAGAAAUGCCACUACAACAACUUCUCCAUUAAAUAUAGAAGCUUUGAACCAAAUUUUAGGGUCACAGAAUCAGAUUCAAGAGUACAACUCUACCUUAAUGAAUAACCAGGAAUUUCUAUCCAGCAGCAGUAGUGACUCAUUAAUUGAUUUUGGUCUCAAUUCCUCAAAUGUACAUGCAGAAUUCACACAUGCAAAUAAUUUUUCUGGUAAAUUAGAUUAUCAGGAAAUUAAUGACACUAAAUUAGGAGGUGAUCAACUGAUUCUGAGUGGCACAUGUAGCACGUCAUCAAGUGUUACUGGAAGUGAAAAUCAAACGAAAAAUAUCUGUAAAAUACCUAACGAGAAUACGAGCGAUAUUUACCCGAAACAAGAACUGAUAAUGCAGCCUUCAUCUGCAUCAACGUCCACCUUUGAAGCCUGGGAACAAAUUAUGGGUGAUGAAGAAGCUAGCGACUCUUACUGGACAGACAUCAUUGACCAAGCUUCAAGCUCUCCAUGACCGCUAUUCACCUUGAAUUGCUUUGGAUGCAUAUUAGAGCGACGGAAUAUUGAGACACUUUCUUUUUUUGCUGCUACCAUUUUUUGUUUUUUUUUAUUCGGUAAAUUAAAAUAUUUUGAAUUCUUUUCAUCAAUUGGCGUGCAGUUUCUGGUUUCCAUUGUAUCUG